CCAUGCCUCAUUGUAAGUUCAGCUACGAGUACAUGCGGAGGGAAGCUCAUCACAACGCCGCCAAGGCCGAGGAUGUGCUCAAUGCUCACAUUCCUGACGCAGGUUGGAUUAACAGGUCUGACCCACAACAUGGAGCCAAUGAGAACACCAAGGUCGGCCCGGUGGACCGCCCAGAUCCACCACAAGUAAUCAGCAGUUAUUUUAACUGUGGCCACAAUGACAACGGGACUAAAGUGGUGUCUGCAAAGAACGCCCUAUUUUCCCCACUCACUGAUGGUACCCCGGCUGGAAGGCUCAGAGGUGCAGAUGUUCCGGGCAGCGCCAAGGCCGACGGUGAUGCCAGGUUGGGUGCCGUCGCUCCAUUCUGUAACUCUGAACAAUCAGCUCAACAUCCUGCAUCCAACAAGAAAAAAAGAAGAAAUAAAUAUUUCAGGAACAAGAAGAAAAGAGUUAAGGACACAGCCAAUCCAAGGAGAGAUACUCCACCCCCGAUGCUGCUGAAGGAGGAGGAGGACUGGGAGGAAGAGUAUAUAGUGACCACACCUUAUGGUCCAGAAGACAUGCUCCACUUCGCUCUGCACGACCUGAUACUUUAUUACAGCGACCCGGCCGACCUGCCAGCGACGGCUACUUACCGCCCUGCAGUGCACCACCCACCCCGUAUGCCCUGGUGCUGCAGCAACGCUCCGGUUGAACCGCUGCAGUUUGCAGACGCUGAGGAGUAAGCCAGCUCUUUCAGACGAUAUAACGGAUGUUCAGGAAAACCUUGUUGCUUUACAGAGAAUUUGUCACAUAGGCUGAGUUUUUUUUAUUCUAAAAGUUGGGCCUCAGUUUUAUAAAUGAAAAGGUAAGUAUUCGAGCACCUAACAUGUUUAUUGUCUUAAAGGUCAUAAGUUGUAAAACAGCAUCUAAGUUUUAUCAUAGAAUUUAUUUGACCGUUUUAAUUCUUUAUGUUUAUUUCCUUCUGGUGUUUGAUGUCUAGCAGACUUUUCUUGCUCUGCCGUACUUUGUUUAUGUAUUUUUAAUAUGAUUUUAAUUGGUUUGUAUGAAACACCCAAAAUCGGACGAGCAUUGUUGAAGAUGGCUGUUUGGAGAAGAAUGAUCAGUUGUAUUGUUUAUAAAAUAGCACAUGUUCAUUGAACCCACAUAUAAAGUUUGUAUCUUAAUUUAACAGCCACAGGAGCGUCAAUGUU